AUGUUCUUUGAGGACUUUGACGAUGAGUGGGAUGGUGCCUGGGGAGAAAUUUCGAACGAUGGAUCCAACAUCAAUUUCCUACACAUUCUCAAUGAUGGCAAGAGCCACAAGGUUGAAAAGACUUUCAAUGUACCCACGGAUUCCCUGUUGGUGACUAUUGAGUUCUUAUUCUAUGAAGUUGGCCGACAUGAGAAAUCAGAAGGAGCCUGUGUCAAUGUCACAGUUGGCAACACAGCUGUGAACUUGGACACCUUUGGAGCUGAUGACGAGCUUGAAGUCUUCUCAAGUGACACCAUUGAUGGUAUCAGUUGGGAACUCAGCAGUAUCAGUGACAGUGGCAACCUUGGCCUUGCUGGCAGCAGAGGUGCAGACCAGAUGCACAAAGUAAAGCUUGCCAUUUCACCAAAGCAUUUUGAGGAAGGCACCAUCGACUUUGGUCUUGAAGUGCAGAUGAAUGCCGACAACAGCGAUGAAAGCACGGGCCUAGAUGACUUCAGAGUUGUUGCUUUUGCCCAAUCCUGUGAUACCUUGCACACUCCAAAAGCGUUGCCAAUGACUCAAGACCCUCUCCCAGCUGUGUGUGGGGGAAGGGUUGCAACUGCGUGGGGCGAUCCUCACAUGACCACCUUCGAUGGUAUCAGAUACAACUGCCAGGGUGAGGGUGAGUUCACAUUGAUGAAGACCCUGGACACCAAUGCUCAGGGGCAACCCAAGUUCGAGGUUCAAGGCCGUUUCAUGAGCUUUGACAAACGCCGCAUCACCGUGACACGUGGGCUUGCUAUUCGAGACGAAGGCAUUCCAACAAUUCAGCUCAAUGUUCCCAGUCGUUACGACAGGCAAUGCCCCAUUGAAAUGUUUGUAGGCAAGCACAAGCGCAACCUAUCUGAUGGCACAGGCCUUGAGGACGUGGUUGUCAAGAGCAGCGGAAAGAAGCUUGUGGUGUACUACCCAAAGACUGGCCUUCAAUUUGUGGUGAAAAUGACCUCAUCCACCAAGUACGGAUGCUACUUCUCUGUGAAGGCUUGUUUGCCUGAUGACUACCGACCAAAUGAGAUUGUUGGCCUACUGGGGUCUAACGAUGACAACCCGACAAACGAAUUCAUGAAGUCUGAUGGCAGUGCAUACGAAGUGGCCAACCCCAACAAGGACGCAGGCAACUAUGAAUACUGCACCAAGGAAUGGUGUGUCCGUGAUGAAAGGAAGUCAUUGUUUGUCUAUGGAGAAGGGGAAAGCUUCAGCAAGAUCAACAGGUGUGAUCUUCCUUAUGAGGGUUCUGUUGAGCGAUGCAUGGCGAACCCUCCGACAUGGUUGCUAGACAUCUGCAGUGAGUGUGACAAGAGAUGCUUUUAUGAGGGUUGCGCAGGUGGUGCCGAAGAAGCGAAGAUGGCACUCGAUGUUGAGUUUGAUCUGAAUGAUGAGAAGGGCUGUGGACAGGUUAUUAUUGAUGAAGAUUUCGAAGAAAAUGAUGUCAGCAGGUGGGGCAUCAUUGACACAGCCCCCAGAUCUGGAUCAUUGUUCCUCGGCCGGUUCCACAAGGACAGCCCACCAGUGAGGAAGGAGAUUGACAUGCCAGGAUGGGCUAGCUAUGCCACUGUUGAAUUCUUGCUCUAUGAAAUUGGCGACUGGCGAACUCAGAGUCGUAGAAACAACCGAUUCUAUGUCAAGAUUGGUGACAACAAGUUCCACAUGGACACUUUCAAAGAUGGUGAAAAUCUGGUCGAAGCUGGUUCCAUCAAGUCUGGCUUCAAGAGUGGCAUCCACUGGAAGAGACAUGUUCUUAGUGUUGACACCAGCAUUGGUUACAGCAUUCAGAACAAGGAUCAGAUCCACAAAAUUGUCAUCCAGGUGCCCGCUUGCUAUUUCCAAAACGGAAAACUGCCAAUCGAGUUCUCUGUCACGAUGUCUGCUGGUGAGAGCAGUAUCAGUGCUGGUGUAGACGAUUUGAGAAUUACAGCAAACCCAAGGAAGUGCAGCGACAUGAAUGGUGCAGACAGCUUGAAGCAGAAGCUGCAGCUUGAAGCAUUUAUGAAGAGAGCGGAAGCUGAAGAGAAGCAAGCUCAGGCUGAGAAGAAGCGAGCUCAGGCUGAACAGAAGAAGACUCUUGAUCAACAGCGUUCUGUGAGGGGUAAAGCUUCCACGGAAAAUGAGGCUGAAGAACAUACUGUCAGUUCCGAUGAAGGCUCUUCACCUGUCGACUGCCGUGUCGCAUUUGGCUACCAUAGCCGGGGGCUAUCACAAAGCUUCAAGGACUUGGGUUUCGCGGAAGGCCCACUUGCGUGGGGCUGGGCCAAUGGUCCUUUUGCCUCAUCGAACUAUGCAUACUCCUUUGAGCUGUAUGCCGAAGGCACUUCUAUUUCUGUCGGAACGAUGACCGUUGGAUACGAUGGUUCACAGGCAGUUGUUACUGUUGAUGCAGGUGAACGCUUGUGGCUCAAGGGAGUGCAAGCCCACAUUGGCGACUCUCGUCUUCCACUGAAGGAAGAUGGCUCUGAAACAAUUGAUCCUGAGGACUAUCCCAUUUCGAACCACAAAAUGGCCUUGAGUAGAUCCUUCGAAGUCACUGACUUUGAGGGUGGACAGAUCUAUGUUGUUGCUGAAGUGACUGUGUGUGGAGUGUUCUCCAGCGGCGACGGUUCUGAGGGUGCCAAUGGUGCCGGACUUGAUGGCCUGAUUUCCUCUGUCCGAAACUUUUUUGGCAAUCUGAUGUAA